AAUUUUUGUUUGAUGUUAUCAAAAAAAUAAUAUACAAAGUACAAUAAUUUAAUUAAUUAUAAUGUGUUGAAGAUAUGUUUAAAAUAACAUUUUGAUUAAAAUAUGAUGGAUAAAUGACAAAAAAUUGUAAUUCAACAACAACUAAGAUUCAAUAUAAACAACUCAGUCAAAAACAAUAAUAAUAAUAAUAAACUCAGUAUUAGUUAAAUAAGCUUUUAUUUUAUUUUUUCCUUAAAGACAGACUAUUAAGAACUGUUCAGAACCGAACCAAGCUAUUAUGACACCCUUAUCUAAAAGUCAUAAGUACGUGUGACCGCGUCCUACGCUAACGGAGACCACCAACUGUGACACUCAGUGCCCCUUAAAUUUUACUAAAAAUUUUAUAUAACAAAAUAUACCAAAUAAUAUGAAUAUAUAAGUUGUUAUCAAAAAUAUAUAUUAAAUCGCUUAUGAAAUAUAGUUAAACUUUGGUUAAUUUUAUAAAAUGUUAAACUUAAAAUUUUUAUUUAUGCAGAAAUAACUUUAAUCGGAAUUAUCAAACGACAAACAUUUUUUUAAUCUCCAGCAUCUUUACAGACUCUGUAAUAGUAUUUGCCAACAUUUUAUAAUUCUAGUUAUAUGUUCUAAUAGCAUUUUUAUCCCCAAAAAUAAUUUAUAAAAUACAGCUCAACAUAUAAUAUAUAAAAUCACGUUAGUAUCAAUUAUUUCUUAUCAAAUAUUCUUGAAAGCUAUAACAAUUUUAUGUUUGUUUGAUUCAAAGUUUCUGAAAAAAUAUAAGAACUUAUAAAAAAGAAAAAACAAUUAUAUGGGAGAUGCAACUAUUCUGGUAAGCAACUGGUAAUUGAGAAAGACAUGUAAGAAAUAAAGACAGCAAGAAGAUAAAUUUUCUUCUGUUAAUAAAGCAAAGAAAGAAGUUGUUUGAUAAAAAAAAUUAUCUAAUAAUAAUAUAUCAGUAAAUACAAUUUAUCAAAGUUAUCUAGACCCUCCGUAUUUUUCAAUGAAUCAAUUUAUUUGAUUUAUUGUCAUAAAAUGAAAAGUUAUUAUAAAAAGGAAAAAAGGUAAGUUGAUCAGUCGAAGUUUGAACCCCAAAACCGCAUGUAAAAUGAUCAAUAUCCUAAACCACUAGACUAAAGAAAGAUAGUGGUAAAUUGGCGCCCCUAAAAUUUAUAUAAUCUCUGGUGCCUAAAGCCUUUACUUUAUGAACUUUAACCCAAAGCCGGGUCCGGUGGCACUGUGCCUUAAAACUUUGUUUGCAAGAUAUUGCUAAAGGAUAUAGACCAUCUUUAAAUCUAAAGUUUUCUUGAUAAAAUGUUAAAUAUAUUGAUCAUCGGAGAAAUAAAUAUUUAUUUACAACCAAAAUAUGAUAAACAUAAUCUGCAAAUUUAUCUAUGUCCAUGUGAACUCUGAACCAGCACUGGAGAAGUCCUCGAAACCUCGGUUUAAAUCUAAAGUUAGUUGGUAUUGAAAACGUGUGGUUUAAGGGUUGCUUUUUUAGAUGCAACCAUCCUUAAAAAAAAUAUUUGGCUACAUGCAAACAGUUUCAGCUGAUCUGUUAGAAUUAUGUCGUAAAAGUGUUUAUUACCAUUUUAUAAUGCCACAAAAUGGUACCAAUCAAAACAUUCAUAAUUGUUAACAUUUGUUGCAAACAGUUUUGAGAAUUUUUGUAUCCCCAGUUAUGGCUGCGAAUUUUAACCGGAACCGUUUACGUAACCAAAUCUAACCUGAAUGAACCGGUUUAGUUCAGUUUUGGUUAUAGCCAUAUUCCGACGGGUCUUGCUUUUAAUACAUGUGGGUAGGGGUGUUAAUUCGGGUUGGUCCAGUCUGGCCCGGCCCAAACCCGCCAAACCCGUAAAUAUUUGAGUCCGGCCUGGCCAAGAAAUAUUUUGGGCCUAGAAUUCAAAGUCUGGCCCAGCUCUUAUAGGGCCUUUCGGGCUUUUUGGGCUUUUCGAAAAAUAAUUUGUCAUUGCUACUUCCAAUAUCAUUUUACAUGUGAAUUUUCAUUAAAAAUAGUUUUAUUUUUUAGUUUUAAAAUAUAAAUUGAGUUUAAACUUUUAUUUUUACCAAAAAUGUUUUACUUUUUCGUAUUCUUUUAUAACAUAUUAUAAACAAACCAAAUUUAAUAAGAUUUAAAUAAUCAAAUAUAAAUUAAAACUAAAACUAAACAUAUAAGAAAACAAAAUUUAUGAUAAACAUGGUCAAACGUUUCAUACUUUGUAUAUUGAAAAAAAACAUGUUGUACAUGAAAGAAGAAUGUACAUUUGCAAAAUUUUAAAUGUGACACUUGUUAUGAACAAACAAUAAAAUCAUUAACAACUUUUAUAUUUGAUUUAUUAGAGUUUGGAUAAAAUAUCAAAAUAAUAUGUCAAUACUAAUAAUCGUUUGGAUUGCAAUAACGAUAAUAUUUAAACUAAAGUACAAAAUUUUGGGUUUUUUUUUCGGGCCGGUCCUAGCCCAAACGGGCUUAGGUCCAGAAUACCAAAAGUCCAAAUGGGCUUAGUCCGAAUGGUCCAAUUUAUUGAGCUUAUAAAACUAAGCCCAAGCCCGAUAAUUUUUAGGGCUCGGUGGGUUCGGACUGCGGGCUUCAGCUCUAAUUGACAUGUCUACCUGUGGGUAUUGGUUCGGUUUCGUUUUUUAACCGGUACAGCGGUACCCUGUUUAAACCGGAAUAGAUACUUUAAACCCUAAAAUAUCAGAAAAUGUGUUUUCACCUCUACUCGAAACCAAGUUGAAUAAGCAGAGAAGCAAUUAUGUUACCAUUAGACCAUUUUAAAUUAUAUGUAUUCUUUUAUAUUGUAAAUAUAUAGCAUUUCAAUAUUAAAAUUUCUAUAAAAUUGACAUUUUAGAGACUUUAACCCGAAUUGGAUAGAUUAAUAAGUGACAAUGUGACCACUGACCCAUUUUAAUUACCAUGUAAGCUAGUUUAUUUUGUAAAUAUAUAUAUGAUUCACAUAAUAAAUGGGUAUCCGAAACCGACCCAAAACCGGUGGUAUUCUACCUGUCAAACUGAAUUAUACUAUGUAUUUAUUGGGUAUAGAAUUCAUUUAUCCGAAAAACUCGGACCCGAUGGGAUCUUACUCGAACCCCAUCCAAAUAUCUGAAUUCUCAGACCUAUUCCAGCGUACUAGUUUAACAAGUCUACAAACGCUUCAAACCAAAAAAUAAUUUCUUUAAAUGUUUGUGAUAGCCGGGUUGUUGAAUAAUUACACAUGUAUUCAUACCAUCAAAAAGUAUUGAGAAAUAUAAUUAUUGUUAUUUUCUUAUAUGUAGAAAUAUAUUUUAUACUUUCACAUUACACAAGUUUUAAAAUCUAACAUUGCAGAUUUAUACUCUACAAAUUAAUAUGUUUAUGCUUUACAAAUGUUGCAGUAGUAAUGCAUUUCAUGUUUGUUAAAAAUAAUAUUUUAAUAGUUUCCAUCCAAACUCUACAAAAUCAACUCAUUACUCGUUAGCAUACAAACGUAUUUGUCUUAUUAGUCGUCGUUAUAUAUCAACCGUACAAACUACUUAAUAAUGUUUUGUUUAGUGAUAAUUGUGUUCUAACCAAUCAAGAAAACAUACAUAUAUACACAUGCAUAAUAUUAUAUUUUGUUAAUCAUAAUCGUAACUGAUUACACAUAUUAUAUUAUAUAUAUAUAUAUAAUGUGUGUAUAUAUAGUUAUAUUUUUUUUUGUUUGAUCCCCGUUUGUCUUCAAAUAAUUUAACAUUGCAUAUGAGUCCACAGAAUAGUAGGUUGACUUUUAGUACUAUUUUCAGUUUUCAGGAUACCUUUUGUAAUAGAUUCUAUUAUUUUGGACAGUUAUCAUUAAUUUCCACUGGCCUAGCGGUAUUUUGGGUUCUUUUUUAUUUAAUUUUAGAUUCUUUUUUAUUUAAUUUUUUUAAUCUGUUACAUAAUCGUAAUUUUCAUCAUUUUUCCCAUAUUGUUUUUUUAGGGUUUCGACUCUAAAGAGCUAUUUGUAUGGUGGCCAUCAUCUAAUUUCAUGCAAAACAUUAAAUUAUUGUGUGUUUUCGUGUUAGUUGUGUCUCAAAUAGAUAUAUUUGCUAUAAAACAUCAGUUGUACACAUUCAAAAUUCAAAAAAAAAUUAUACACCUAUCUCUGAUUUGCUCGCCGAUUAUGGUGAAAUCACCACCGCUCAGCUCUACCAACCGAGUUGCCGAUGUCUAGUCGGACGUAUUUUUUAAACACGAGUUAUAUUACGACUCAUCUAAAAUAUAUAUACUAGUUAUAUAAAUAAAUAUAAACGUGUAAAACUAACAUUCGCGUGGAUGCGCAAAUCAUUUUAUCCUUAUUUCCUCUUAAAGAAAAGAAAUCAGAUUAAAUUAUAGGUUAAAUUAUUCUUCAAACUAAUAGUUGUGUGUGGCUGGCCAUGAACCAACAUGGAGAGCCACUAGGUCGUAGCCAGCAAAACACAACGUAGUCAAUGACUAAAAUGCACCGAGGAAGAACGUAGCCAUGCAACAGUCUAAGUUCAAGUUAAACUGGCACGGGGCCCACUGUAAUCUUAAAAAGUCAACUUCAUCCCCAAAGAGAUCGCUGCUUUCUUUUGACCUUUUCGCUUUUCUCGAUUUAGAGCCAGUGGUACUUUCGUAAAAACACUUCGAUACUUCCUUCGGUUGUGUUUCUAGGUUUCAUAACUUGUCAUUAUCACUUCGUAUUAUAUUUUUUUGUUUCCUGAAAAAAGAAGAAUAUCAUAAUCACGAUCUUUAUCUCGUAUAGCUGCAAGUUUAUUUCAAUUAAAAUAUCUAAGAAAUACAAAAAUUCAGUCAAUUUUUAUGUUUCUCUUCAUUUAAAUACGUUUCUCUUCUACUGCUAAUUCUUUGUGUUUUUCCAAGGAAUUGAAUUUUCCACCGUUUCAAAUAAUAUAUAUAUUUUCUUGGAAAAAAUCACCUAUUUCAUGUAUCUUUUAGGUUUCUUAUUGAUAUUUUAAGAGAAAUUCAGCGAACCUGGACAAGAUUCGGGUUUGCUGAUCUACAAAGGGGAGGUUGUAUCUGUCUCUCUCGUGAACUUUCUUCUAAUUCUUUUUCAUUCUUUUUCGGCUUGAAAAUUUUGGCAUAAAGAAAUUAAUAUAAACAUGUGAAAGAUCUUUGGAGGAAGAGGCUGAAAAACGAGUUCGAAAUUUUUCUUCUUUUCCAGAUACGUACUUAGCUAUGUCUGGGAGAGCUCAUCCUGAUGUGAAUCCUGUGACGGAUGGUGGAGAUCUUCCGAUCAAAUCGUCGCCUCACCGGCAUAAAGUUGGUGUCCCACCGAAGCAAAACAUGUUCCAUGAUUUCAUGUACACGUUCAAAGAAACCUUCUUCCAUGAUGAUCCUCUCAGACACUUUAAGGAUCAGCCUAAGUCUAAGAAGUUCAUGCUCGGUCUCCAAUCUGUGUUCCCGGUUUUCGAUUGGGGACGUAACUAUAAUCUCAAGAAGUUCCGUGGUGAUCUCAUUGCCGGUUUAACUAUUGCUAGUCUUUGUAUCCCUCAGGAUAUUGGAUAUGCUAAGCUUGCGAACCUGGAUCCUAAAUACGGUUUAUAUUCGAGUUUUGUUCCACCGUUGGUGUAUGCUUGUAUGGGGAGUUCUAGGGAUAUAGCAAUUGGACCUGUUGCUGUGGUAUCUCUUCUGCUAGGUACUCUCCUUCGAGCUGAGGUUGAUCCAAACACAAAUCCUGAUGAGUAUCUCCGACUUGCCUUCACGGCUACGUUUUUUGCCGGUGUCACUGAAGCAGCCCUUGGCUUCUUCAGAUUAGGGUUCUUGAUUGAUUUCCUUUCCCAUGCGGCGGUGGUUGGAUUCAUGGGUGGUGCAGCCAUCACAAUCGCUCUUCAGCAGCUCAAAGGUUUCUUAGGGAUCAAGAAAUUCACCAAGAAAACUGAUAUCAUCGCUGUUUUAGAUUCAGUCUUUAGCGCAGCUCAUCAUGGUUGGAAUUGGCAGACUAUACUCAUUGGUGCAUCCUUCUUGACAUUCCUUCUCACAUCUAAGUUCAUUGGCAAAAAGAGCAAGAAACUGUUCUGGAUUCCAGCGGUUGCGCCAUUGAUAUCAGUUAUCAUCUCCACCUUCUUUGUCUACAUAACCAGAGCUGACAAACAAGGAGUCCAAAUCGUGAAACACCUUGACAAAGGCAUCAAUCCUUCAUCGUUCCAUCAAAUCUACUUCUCCGGACAUUACCUUGCUAAGGGCAUUCGUAUCGGUGUAGUCGCUGGAAUGGUCGCCUUAACGGAAGCUGUGGCCAUUGGAAGAACGUUUGCUGCAAUGAAAGACUAUCAAAUCGAUGGUAACAAAGAGAUGGUAGCACUAGGUGUUAUGAACGUUGUUGGUUCCAUGUCUUCUUGCUACGUAGCGACUGGAUCAUUCUCAAGAUCAGCUGUAAACUUCAUGGCUGGAUGUCAAACUGCGGUUUCAAACAUCAUAAUGUCAAUCGUUGUUCUCUUGACAUUGCUCUUCCUCACUCCGUUGUUUAAGUACACACCAAACGCCAUCCUCGCAGCUAUUAUCAUCAAUGCUGUGAUUCCUUUGAUUGAUAUCCAAGCUGCGAUAUUGAUCUUCAAGGUCGAUAAGCUUGACUUCGUUGCUUGUAUGGGAGCUUUCUUUGGCGUCAUCUUUGCUUCCGUUGAGAUAGGGCUUCUCAUUGCCGUCUCUAUAUCAUUUGCUAAGAUUCUCUUGCAAGUAACAAGACCUAGAACGGCGGUUCUUGGAAACAUUCCGAGAACUUCAGUUUACAGAAACAUCCAACAGUAUCCUGAAGCCACUAUGGUUCCAGGGGUUCUCACGAUUCGUGUUGACUCAGCCAUUUACUUCUCCAACUCAAAUUACGUCAGAGAAAGGAUCCAAAGAUGGUUACUAGAGGAAGAAGAGAAGGUGAAAGCAGCAAGCUUACCUAGGAUCCAGUUUCUAAUCAUCGAGAUGUCACCCGUGACGGAUAUCGAUACAAGUGGUAUCCACGCCCUAGAAGACUUAUACAAAUCUCUCCAGAAGAGAGAUAUUCAGCUGAUUCUUGCAAAUCCUGGACCAUUGGUGAUAGGCAAAUUACACUUGUCUCACUUUGCUGACAUGUUGGGAUAUGACCAUAUCUUUCUGACGGUGGCUGACGCCGUCGAAGCUUGUGGUCCAAAACUCUCCGACGAGGUCUGAAAUUGAUGAUGAUAAUGACGAAGAACAUGAUUUCUAAGUGGUGUACAGUGGAGUUAAGAAAGUGAGUUUUGCUUUCAAAUUGUUGUGACUUGUGUCUUUGGUCUCCUUUUUUUUGUUACAAGAGAGUGUAAAGUGUGACCUCUACAUCCCACCUUAGCGUCUUUUUGUUCACUUUAUGAUGCACGAGUGUGUAAAGUUGGCCAUUUCAAAUCAAAAUUCGUAGAUUAAUAUGUUAAUCCAAAAAAUGAAAAGCCUUAAAUGUAAUAACAACAAUGAUCAAAAGGAAACUAUGACAAACUUCUCUAUAUUAUAUUACUAUAAUAUCUCCUGUAUGUUAAUUGAAAAUCAUUCAAAAAAUUGUAAUUUUAAGUUUGUAUUAAUUAAAAAGAAAUUCUCUUUAGGUUUCACUUAAUUAUGAUGACAAUUUAGUUUACCUGGCAGCUUAAGAAUCAAUUAAAAUAAAUGUUGAUCCAAAAUCCAAUUACUAGGAAACAUUAUAUUAAUCCAAAAUAUAAAAAGUGUAUAUUAUUUUCUUAAAUAAAAGCUACAAAAUUACAUAAUAUGAUUAAUAUAUAUGGCAAUUAAUGACUAUGAAUAAUAAAUUUUUGAUAACAAUAUUUGCAUCAUUCCUCAUUUUUGUUUAAUUUUAUAUUAUUAAAAGAAAUUAAAUAAUCAGAUUAACCAUAUACUAAAAAUUAGACUUUUUCUUAUAUGUUAUAUUUUGAAGUUUUUAAAAUGAAUUUAAAUUACAAAAAUGAGGAAACCUUAUAUGUUAUAUUUUGAUUUUUUUUAAACGACUUUAAAUUACAAAAAUGAGGAAACAUUAUAUGUUAUAUUUUUCUUAUAUGUUAGAUUUUUUUUCUUAUAUAUUAUCUUUUAAAUUUUUUAAAACGACUUUAAAUUACAAAAUGUAAGUUUUCCUUAAGCAUACGACUAAAAACAUUAAAAUAACAUGUAUAAAUUCAAUGGUUAAUUUGAAACUUUUCAAAACCAUAUGGAAAAUAAAUGUCAAAAUAAUUUAACUGAAAAAACAAUAUUGUUCACUUUUUUCAAGAAUGUGUUCGGUGAAAAAAAUAAAGUUUGUGUCAUAAUUUGUUUAAUAUCCAAUCCGAUCAGCCCAUGAUAUAUUAAUUCUAGUUUAGGACCAUAACUUUUAAUAGAAAAUUGAUCCGGUCCAUCGGACAGAAAUUAUAUAA